UCUCACAAUUUUACCAUCUCACUUUAAGGCUUGCCAAGUGAGUUCAUAAGAACAAUGCUUUCAAAUAUAUCUGGUGUGAAGCCAUGUUUCAAUAAAGAAAAAUCUCAGGAUGACGAUUUUUUGGCCUCCCUACAAGAAACUACAGCAAAGGAAAUCAAAAACCAAGAAAACGAAUCACUAAAAUCUAACGCAUUGAAUGUCGAAGAACUGUUUGAAAGAUCAUCCUACUUUGAAACUAAGUUAAAAUGGAUCAAUAUUAUCGGAAUUACCGCCUUGCACAUAGUGGCACUUUAUGUUCUUUUAACUUUCCCUUAUUUGGAGAAGAAAAGAACUUUCCUUUUCGCAUACUUUAUGGGAGCAGUAAAUUCCUUUGGAAUAGCUGGUGGUGUACAUCGCUUUUGGAGCCAUCGAGCUUUCAAAGCUAAAUGGCCUCUGAGGGUGAUUCUUCUUUAUUGCUUCUAUUCAACGGGACAGAAUUCAUUAUAUGAUUGGGUGAGAGAUCAUCGCGUCCACCAUAAAUAUUCAGAGACAGAAGCAGAUCCUCAUGACAGUAGUCGUGGAUUUUUCUUUUCACAUUUUGGUUGGCUGAUGAUGAAGAAGCAUCCGGAAGUUAUUAGACGUGGACGACAAGUCGAUAUGAGUGACAUUGUCUCGGAUCCAGUCGUAGCCUUUGGUGAAAAGUAUUUUCUACCUCUCAAAAUAAUUUGUUGCUUUAUAAUUCCAACAAUUAUACCAGUAUAUCUAUGGAACGAAGAUUGGUAUUAUAGUUUCUCAGCCCAAUUAGGUCGCUUCGUCUUUGUAUUGAAUGGCACAUUUAGCGUCAAUAGUUUUGCUCAUAUGUGGGGUACGAGGCCAUACGACAAGAAAAUAGCUCCAACAGAAAAUACUUUCGUAGCUGUAGUAACAUUCGGUGAGGGCUGGCAUAACUACCAUCACGCUUUCCCAAGCGACUACAAGGGGGCAGAAUUUGGAAAAUAUGGGCUAUACUUCAUAACACCAUUAAUUCACCUGUUUGCAAAAAUCGGCUGGGCUUAUGAUUUAAAGCAGCCUUCUAAAGAAUUAAUUAGGGCAGUGAUGGAUAAAAGGGGAGACCGUUCUUAUUCAAAUGAGAAACCUAAACUUCGUUUCUUUUCUAAAUAGUUCAAUUUUUUACUAAUUCUGUUAAACAUGCUGAAUUCACAAGAUUUAAUAUCUUAUUAUUUAAGAAUAUAUUGUAGCUUGAAAUUGAUUAUUAAUGAAUAAAUAAAAAAUUGACUAUUA